CAAGCCGACUAGCCGGAGAACGGGUCUGUUAUAAACCUUAGUGGUUCCGUUGCCCACCUGUAGUUACGAACAUGUCGCGACUUCUGCACAUCACUGUCCUGCUACUCCUCGGCGUUGCCAUUGUUUCGGCUGCCAGGAAGGCGCCAGCCAAAGACAAUCGCAGGAAGCCCGUAGAAGAUGUGGAGGAGGACUCCCAAACGUCAGACCAAUGUCCGGAACCUUACGGUUACUUCGCCGAUGCUGAACAAUGCGACAAGUACUACGAGUGCAAAGAUGGACAGAUCACUGAGAAGCUGUGUCCGGAUGGUAUGGUCUUCAACGACUUCAGCUCCGAGUACGAGAAGUGCGACCUACCGUUCAACAUUGACUGCAGUCAAAGACCUAAAUUGCAGGAACCUCAACCAAGUGAGCAUUGCCCAAGGAAGCACGGUUACUUUGCCCAUGAAGAAAGCAACAUCUGUGAUAAGUUCUACUACUGCGUCGAUGGCAAGUUCAACAUGAUCACCUGCCCAAGUGGACUCGUCUACAACGACAAAGCUGGAAUCUGCUCCUGGCCAGAUGAGGCCAAGAAGAAGGGCUGCUCUUCCGAAGAGGUGUUCCAAUUCGAGUGCCCAAAGGUGAACGAGACUGUGGCCGCGACACACCCUCGCUACGCCGACCCCGACGACUGUCAAUACUUUUACGUAUGCAUCAACGGCGACACACCCCGACGCAGCGGAUGCAAACUGGGACAGGCGUUCGAUGAUGUUGCCAAACGUUGCGAUUGGGCCCGUAAAAUCCCUGAAUGUGCUGAUUGGUACAAAGGUCGUUUGACAGACAAGCAGUUGGAUGAAUUGGAAAAUCCACCCACUCCAAGACCAAAGGCGACCAAAGUCAGCAGGAGGAAACAAAGGCCAAGGAAGCCGGUUGUUGAAGAGGAGGAAGAGGAGUAAUUUAGGAGUAUUAUAAUUAAGACUUGUUUGUUAAUUAUUAAAUUAAAAUUUUAUUUAAA